UUCCCCAGGCGGACUUCCAGGUGUUAGUGUACAGCAGCACUUUAGCAGAUUUCCGGCUGAUUCUCUCCGAUUGAAGCUCGGCGAGGGGUGUUUUUUGUUUUUCAACCGGUAUGGACAGUACACAGCAGAACCGCAGGUAGCUUGGACCCGCAGCCCAGCAGACAUGGACCGGUGUGAAGGUUACCUGUUCACGGCGCUCUGCAGCACCAACUUCCUGGUGUCCUGCCUGCUCUUCUCCUCCAUCACCCGCGAGCAGAGACAGCCCUACAUGGACGAGCUGUUCCACGUCCCGCAGGCCCAGGAGUACUGCCACGGCCGCUUCAGCCAGUGGGACCCGAUGAUCACGACCCUCCCGGGCCUCUACUUCAUCUCCGUGGGCGUCAUCAAGCCGGUGGUGUGGCUGGCCGACGUGACGGGCGACGUGGUCUGCUCCACGGCCAUGCUGCGCUUCGUCAACCUCCUCUUCAACUGUGGGAUCCUGUACCUCCUCUACCUGCUCAUCUGCAAGCUGCACCUCAGGGAGAAGACGCGAACGACCUCACGCCGGGUCCUGUCGGCGCUGUCCCUGUCCACCUUCCCCGUGCUCUACUUCUUCAACUUCCUGUACUACACCGACGCCGGCUCCACGUUCUUCAUCCUCUUCACGUAUCUGAUGACGCUGUACGGCUGCCACAAGGCGUCGGCGCUGCUCGGCGUCUGCUCCGUGCUCUUCCGGCAGACCAACAUCAUCUGGGUGGCGUUCUGCGCCGGCACCCUGGUGGCCGCCAAGAUGGACGAGGCGUGGAGGGUGGAGCACGCCAAGAAGAGGGACGAGAAGUCCCCGCCCUCCCAGGUGCCGCUGUCCUUCGGCGGGGCCAAGCGGGUGCUGCUGUUCUCCCUGGAGUUCCUCACCUCGCCCGGCCACGUGAAGGCGGUGCUGGCUGUGGCCUGGCCGUACGCGGCGGUCGGCGUCGCUUUCCUGGCGUUCGUGGUGUUGAACGACGGCAUCGUGGUGGGCGACCGGACCAGCCACGAGGCCUGCCUCAACUUCCCCCAGCUCUUCUACUUCUUCUCCUUCAGCCUGUUCUUCUCCCUCCCCGUGUCGCUGUGCUACCACCGCCUCCUCCGCUUCCUGCAGGCCGUGAGGAGGCAGCCGCUGUUCUUCCUCUCCGCCGCCGCCGUCGCCGCGCUCCUGGUGUGGAAGUUCACGUACGUCCACAAGUACCUGCUGGCCGACAACCGCCACUACCCCUUCUACGUGUGGAAGAAGCUGUUCCAGCGGCACGAGCUGGUGCGCUUCGCCCUCGUGCCGGCGUACGUGUUCGCCGCGUGGAACUUCUUAGACUCGUUCAAGUCGCGCUCGCUGUUCUGGAGCCUGGCCUACCUGGCGUGCCUGGCGGCCUCCACCGUGCCGCAGAAGCUGCUGGAGUUCAGGUACUUCAUCGUGCCGUACCUGAUGUACCGCCUGCACAUGCCGCUGCCGUCUCUGCCCAGACUGGUGCUGGAGUUCCUGCUGUACUCGGCCGUGAACGCUGCCACCAUUUACAUCUUCGUCGCCAAGACCUUCCACUGGCCCGACAGCACGGCCACGCAGCGCUUCAUGUGGUGAGGAAAGGUU